GCCGGGUGAGCCCGAGGGGGGCAAGAUUAGGGAGGUGAGCGUGACUCAGGCAUCGGCGUCUCACACCCCGGGCAGCCGCAGAGAGAGCGCCAGGGGCGUCGGAGGCACCCCAGGGAGCGCCGGGUUAUGGUGGCACCGGGCUGAGCGCCGGGACGCGCCGAGGCGGCAGCGGGGGCCGAGCCCGGAGCCAUGGAGGGGCCUGGCCAGGAGGCCUACGAGGAGGGGAUGAGGAGGAGCCUGGACCCUGAAGGCUACGAGGACCCCGGCCUAAAGAGCUCCCACCUCUCACUGGGCGAGAUGAGCAGGGCCGGCGCUGGCAUCGAGUCCCCCCUGCAGGCGUGGAGGGCCAGGGCCGAGGAGAUGAAUCCCCUGCGCCAGUAUCUGCCCGGCCGCCGGGGAUUUUAUGACCUGGACGGGAAGAGGCGCUCGGCCGGGGCCCCCCCGGGACACCCCAGCCGUGGCGAAGGGCAGCCUGUGUCAGUGAACGAUGUGGACCCGGAGCCAGCAGGGAGCAGGAGGCUCCUGUCCCAGGACACCCAUGAGGGAUACGUGGAGCUGCACGAGCUGGUCCUGGACAAUGCCAAGGACUUGUGCUGGAUGGAGGCUGGCCACUGGCUCAAGCUGGAGGAGGACUUCCAGGAAUCAGGGGACUGGAGCCAGCCCCAUCUCUCCUUCCUGACCUACCACAGCCUCCUGGAGAUCCGCCGGGCUUUGAACAAAGGUGCCAUUCUCCUCAACGUGGAGGCCAACUCGCUGCCGGCCAUCGUGCACAUCCUCCUCGACCAGCUGAUCUACGAGGGGCAGAUGAAGCCGCAGGACCGGGACGACGUCAUGAGGACGCUGCUCCUGCGCCACAGCCACCCCACCGAGGAUGAGUCGGUGUGGACGAUGCCGCCGGCGCUGGUGCAGCGCUCGGGCACCAGCAGGGCCGAUGUGGAGCGGCCGCUUCUGCGGGAGCAGCGGCCCCUGGAGAUGAGCAGGAUGGCAGGGAAGGAGCAGAGCGGGGUCCCCAAACCCCAACUGCUGGAGACAAUCCCAGAGGGAGCUGAGGCCACCCUGGUCCUUGUGGGCUGUGCAGCCUUCCUGGAGCAGCCAAUGCUGGCCUUUGUGCGCCUGAAGGACGCGGUGACACUGGACGGCGUCCUCGACGUGUCCAUCCCCGUCCGCUUCCUCGUCGUGGUCCUGGGGCCCGACACCCCCCAGAUCAGCUACCACGAGAUCGGCCGUGCCAUCGCCACCAUGAUGUCCGAGAGGGUGUUUCGCAGGGACGCCUACCUGGCCGAGGGGCGGCAGGAGCUGCUGCGGGGCGUGGAGGAUUUCCUGGAUGCCAGCAUCGUCCUGCCACCCACCGAGGCCCCCAACGAGCAGCUGCUCCGCGCCCUGGUCCCGCUGCAGCGCGAGCUGCUCCGACGGCGCUACCAGCCCCUGGAGAGGCUGCACAUCGGGGACUUCCUAAAGGAUCUGGGGCCGGACGAGGCAGCGGCUGCGGAGGACGACGACCCCCUGCGCAGGACGGGGCGGCCUUUUGGGGGGCUGGUGCGGGACAUCCGCCGCCGGUACCCCAAAUACCUCAGCGACAUCAAGGACGCCCUCAACCCCCAGUGCCUGGCCGCCGUCAUCUUCAUCUACUUCGCGGCGCUGUCACCCGCCAUCACCUUCGGAGGCUUGCUGGGUGAGAAGACCAAGGGGAUGAUGGGGGUGUCGGAGCUGCUCAUCUCCACCUGUGUGCAGUGCGUGCUCUUCAGCCUCCUCAGCGCCCAGCCCCUCCUCGUCGUCGGCUUCUCGGGACCCCUCCUGGUCUUUGAGGAAGCCUUUUACUCGUUCUGCAGCAGCAAUGGCUUGGAGUACAUCGUGGGACGGGUCUGGAUCGGCUUCUGGCUGAUCCUGCUGGUGCUGGUGGUGGUGGCCUGCGAGGGCAGCUUCCUGGUGCGCUACCUGUCCCGCUACACGCAGGAGAUCUUCUCCUUCCUCAUCUCCCUCAUCUUCAUCUUUGAGACCUUCUCCAAGCUGGUCACGAUUUUCAAGCAUCACCCACUGAAGCGGGAGUACAACGUGCAGCCCGAGGUCCAGCCCGGGGUGCCGGAGCCCAACACGGCGCUGCUGUCCCUCGUCCUCAUGGCCGGCACCUUCUUCCUGGCCUUCUUCCUCCGCGUCUUCAAGAACAGCUCCUUCCUGCCUGGCAAGGUCCGGCGCUUGAUCGGGGACUUCGGGGUGCCCAUUUCCAUCUUCAUCAUGGCCCUGGCCGACUUCUUCAUCAACGACACCUACACGCAGAAACUCAGCGUCCCCAGAGGGCUGCAGGUCACCAACGCCACUGCCCGGGGCUGGUUUAUCCACCCCAUGGGGGACACUACCCCCUUCCCCAUCUGGAUGAUGUUUGCCUCCGUGAUUCCUGCCCUGCUGGUCUUCAUCCUCAUCUUCCUCGAGACACAGAUCACCACCCUCAUCGUCAGCAAGCCCGAGAGGAAACUGGUGAAGGGCACCGGCUUCCACCUGGACCUGCUGCUGAUCGUGGCCAUGGGGGGGCUGGCAGCCCUUUUUGGGAUGCCCUGGCUCAGUGCCACCACCGUCCGCACCAUCACCCACGCCAACGCCCUCACCAUCAUGAGCAAGACCUCUGCUCCGGGCGAGAAAUCCCAGAUCCUGGAGGUCAAGGAGCAGCGCAUCAGUGGCCUGUUGGUGGCUGUGCUCAUUGGUGUCUCCAUCCUGAUGGAGCCCAUCCUGAAGUACAUCCCCCUGGCCGUGCUCUUCGGCAUCUUCCUCUACAUGGGGGUCACCUCCCUCUUUGGCAUCCAGCUCUUUGACCGCAUCCUGCUCCUGCUGAAGCCCCCCAAGUACCACCCUGACGAGCCCUACGUCACCCGGGUGAAGACUUGGAGGAUGCACCUCUUCACCUUCACCCAGAUCAUCUUCCUCGUGGUGCUGUGGGUGGUGAAGUCCACCCCGGCCUCGCUGGCUCUGCCCUUUGUCCUCAUCCUCACCGUGCCCCUGCGGCGCUUCCUGCUCCCCAGGAUCUUCCGGGACAUCGAGCUCAAAUGUCUGGAUGCAGAUGACGCCGUGGUGACCUUUGAGGAGGCAGAGGGGACAGAUGUGUACAACGAGGUGCAGAUGCCCAGCUAAGGGCUGGCCCCGGCCCCCCACACCCCCCCAGCCCCGCUUCCACCUCCACUGCUGCCAUCCUGGGGCCACCGGGCUACCAAGAAGGACUGGGGACACAGUCCCCACCUGCCCACCCUUAGGAAUGGAGCCUUUUUUUGUUUUUCCCUUUUAUUUUGUCUAUUUUUAAAAGUAUUUUGGAUGAU